AUGGAGGCAGCAGUGGUGAGCGUGUCGCAUGGCGCCAUUGGCUUCGUGAUUGCGAAGCUUGGUGAUCUGCUCGCUGGCAAGUACAAGCUGCUGAAACAGGCCAAAGGCGAGAUAAUGUUCCUUAAAGCUGAGCUCGAGAGUAUGCGAGCAUUCCUGGAGAGGAUGUCGGAGGCGGAGGAGGAGCCCAACAAGCAAGCCAAGUGCUGGGCAAACGAGGUGCGUGAUCUGUCCUAUGACAUCGAGGACAGCGUCGAUGAGUUCAUGCUCCUGGUGGAAGGUGAGUCCAACGGCGAGCCACAUGGGUUUAAGGGGUUCAUUCAUAGGAGCAUGAACUUGUUGACGACGAUGAACACUCGGCAAAAGGUCGGCAAGGAGUUCCAAGGCCUCAAGAGCCGUGUCAUGGAGGUGAGCGAGCGACGCAUGAGGUACAAGAUUGAUGAUGCUGUCUCAAAGCCAAACAAUACAACCAUAGACAUUCGCAUGCUGGCACUCUAUGCGGACACAUCGGGCCUUGUGGGUAUCGAUGGCCUGAGGGAUGAAUUAAUACACCUGAUGGUGGGUGAAGAGGGUGUUUCUGCACAACAGAGGAAGGUCCUCUCUAUAGAGGGAUUUGGAGGGCUUGGUAAGACUACACUUGCGAACCAGAUUUACCACAGGCUAAAGUGGCAGUACGAGUGUCAGGCUUUCGUUUCCGUGUCCCAGAAACCAAACAUACGAAUGAUUCUGAGAAGAAUGCUCUCUCAAGUUGGCUAUGUAGCGCUGGAGGGAACCAACAUGGAAAUAUGGGCAGAGGAUGAAAUGAUCAGUGCACUCAGACAAUUCCUUAUGGAUAAGAGGUACUUGAUUGUAAUUGAUGACAUUUGGGAUGAAACUACGUGGAAUGUUAUUAGAUGUGCUCUUCCUGAAAAUAUAUAUGUACGGUAG